CACAAUAGGAGGCACUGUGAAUAAAGUAUAGUUGGCCUCAUUUACUCAGUGGUGUGUUUUCAUUUGUGGUUAAAGAUGGCGGAGUCUGAAGAACCUAAAACAACCUGCAAGUUUAUGUUUAAGAAAUCAAACAAGAAAUUUUCUGCACGCAAAAGAAAUGCUAGCGAUAGUGAUAAAGACAGAAGCAGCGACGAGGAUGCAUGUGCUGUGGUCAGAAAGAAGAAAGCUGCUGUUGUCAACCCCAUGAUUCAGAAAACAAAAAAAGUUGAGAAGGAAGUAGUUACAUCAAGUGAAAGUGAAGAAGAAAAAGGGGACAAGAGUGUGACUGUGGCGUACAAGUCUACUCGCUCAGCGAAACCAGAGGGACCAGACGAUAUGGGCGCCACUGCUGUUUAUGAAUUGGACACAGAGAGGGACAAAGAUGCUCAGGCCAUCUUUGAGCGCAGCCAGAAGAUUCAAGAAGAACUAACUGGUAAAGAAGACGAUAAAAUUUACCGUGGCAUCAACAACUAUCACAAAUUCAUCAAACCAAAAGAUUCAACCAUGGGCAACGCCUCCUCUGGUAUGGUUAGGAAAGGACCAAUCAGAGCCCCUGAACACCUCAGAGCCACGGUGCGGUGGGAUUACCAGCCUGACAUAUGUAAAGAUUAUAAAGAGACUGGCUUCUGUGGGUUUGGAGACAGCUGUAAGUUUCUGCAUGACCGCUCGGACUACAAGCACGGCUGGCAGAUCGAGCGAGAGCUUGAUGAAGGACGAUAUGGUGCGAAUGAUGAUGAGAACUAUGAGGUGAGCAGCGAUGAGGAAGAUUUUCCCUUUAAGUGUUUCAUCUGUAGAAACACUUUCAAAAAUCCCAUUGUUACAAAGUGUCGGCACUACUUCUGUGAAGGCUGUGCUCUCCAGCAUUAUCGCAAAUCUAAGCGCUGCUACGUUUGUAACCAGCAAACCAAUGGAGUUUUUAAUCCUGCCAAAGAGCUCAUGGCAAAGAUUCAAAAACACCAGGCAGCCACUGACCAGCCUCCUUCAGAUGAGGAUGACUAGAGCCAUACAGCCUACCGUCCUGCAUCUAUCUUUUAUUUUUAAAUAGUCAUUCAGGAAUCCCCGAGCUGUACAUUUUUAAAACUUUUGAAAUAAACAUGUACAUGUUUUGUUGUAGAAA